AUGCCAGCACGCGGUGGUCGUUCGAAACGUCAGAACAUGGCCUCCGAAUCGGGCACUUCGACAAUCGGCGGUGAUUCAGAAGACCUCGAAACGCCGACGUCAUCUGCUCGUCCACGUCGAAGUCGUGCUCCGAAACGAUAUUUCGAUGAUGACGGGUAUAGUCCGCCGCCGCCGACGAAACGACGUCCCGCGAAUCGAGACACUCCUUCAGACGCCGGAGACGAUUAUGAGGAGGAGGAGGCGGAGCUUAAAAUGGGAAAUUUGAAGACAAAAGAAGCGCCGAAAACGGCGACGAGCACACCCGCAACUGGGGCAAGGAAACCGAGAGGUCGCCCAAAAAAGAACCCGACUCCCCCGCGAAAUCGUAAAUCCGGGGGUCGUCAGAAGCAAGAGGAGGACGUCAUCUACAUGGACGAGGAUUCAGAAGACGAUGACGACGAUGAGGAUUCGGAUGAGGAUUACGGUAUCGAUUUGAAUCCGUUGCCCCAUGAUUUGGAUGAUUUGGAUGAGGAAGAGUUGGGGGGAACUUCUGGAAAUCUGAAUGAUUCUGGAGGAGCCGUGAAGACAGAGGAUACAGUAUUCUGUCCGUGGAUUGACCUGGAUCCAGCUACUCUCCCAAGACUAGACCUUCCAGACACCUCUUUGGACAUUCCAAUCCCCCGUCACUCCACAAUGGACGCCAUUGAAAUCUACGAGAUCCUCCGCUCCUAUCACCGUACUCUUCGCAUCACUCCGUUCACAUUCGAGGACUUUUGUGCCGCCCUGAUCUCUCGAAACAACUCAUGCAUUAUGGCUGAAAUUCAUAUGGCAUUGCUGAGAGUUUGUCUGAAAUCUGAUGAUGAGGAGCAGACGCAUUACUCGGUGACUGAGACGAACAACUCGAUUAAUAUUAUGAUUCAUCAUUUGGACACGUUGACUUAUGCUGAAAUACUCAGACAGUAUAUUGAGGCGUAUCCGUUUGCUGAUACUACCGUUAGGGAGGCGAUUAAUGUCGAGAAUUAUCCAUAUGUUGGAUAUGAAUCCAAAGUCGUCGUUCUUCUCUUCAUGAGUUAUCGCUUCCUCUACUCGUCGGAAUUCAAAAAAGUCGUUAUGAAUCUUGGAAAAUUUCAGAACGACGAAAACUGUCGUGUUUGUGGAAAAUCGUCGGGAAAAGUGAUCGGAUGCACUCAGUGUGAAGCGGCGUUCCACGUGGAAUGUAGUCAUCUGAAACCAUUUCCAGAAGUGCUUGUAUGCAAUAUAUGCAAAAAGAAUAAUAAUGUGAGAGGAGUGCUUCCGUCGGAUGAAUCAGUCGACAGGGAACCGUUGAGAUCACAACCGAUCGGAAGGGAUCGAUAUGGACGAUUUUAUUGGUUUAUUUGUAGACGAAUUGUUGUUCAAUCGCUUGACGAAUCGGAAAUACACUACUACUCGACUCCGCCCCAAUUAUAUCAAUUACUGAAACGACUGGAUCGUGAUUACUACGAGAAGGAUCUGUGUGAGGCGAUUCGUCUGCGUAUCGAUGAAUUUCUGGAACAAAUGACACUGACGGUUGAAAUGACUUCGGAGAGGAGAGAAAAUGCGAUUGAUUCUGUGAUGAAGAAGAAUUGCAUUGGAUACGAAAUGGCUGAAACUGAAAUACCAAGCGUCUAUUUGCAUAAGGAUAGCAUGAAACGAAUGGCGUCAAUCCUUCGCGAUUGCUCAGAGCGAGUAAUAAAACAAGAAGUAAAAACGGAAGACGACGUCAAAGACUCCGCCCCCACCGCUCCCAUCGUCACAUUCGAAGAGGACUCGAUUCUGCCCGAAUCCAUGUUGGGAAUCUUCGACGGCGCCCUUGUCAACACGUUCUGGAGUGGCGGAGCAAGUCAAGAGGAGCUCAUUUCUCUGUUUUUAGACGCCUACGUGCAGGAGGAGAAUUCAGAAUCCUCCACGACGAGAUUCUGGAGAAUGGGUGAUGAAGGGAAUGAUCAGAGCUUCAUGGCCUAUUACAAUUAUUAUUCGCGGAAUGAGAUGGCCGAGAGUUUUCUCGGCCGCAAGAAACAAGCGGACAAGAAGAAGUAUAUGGCGUCGAAGUUUGCGACGAUUGAUCCGUUUGAGUGGGUCGUGGCGAAAGAUCGACAAUUCUAUGGGAAUUCGGUGUUACAUAAUAAAUUUGUCGGGUGGACACUUUCCAAGAUUGCUAGAAAAAUUCCCGCUGAUUUAAUGCACCGAAAAUGGCCGGAAAUGGCGAAAGGGUUCGAUAUAGAGGUCUCUGUCGCUGACGAUUUUAAGAAACUUUCGAACUGUCUGCUCCAGUUAGAUGCGGUUACACGGAAGACGAUUUUUAUGCCGCAGUGGUGGAAUGGAUUGGGACAGACCAAGUUGGAGAGAAUCACCACGGAGCAGAGGGAGAAUUUUGUGAAGGAACAACAGAGAGUGAAGAAGAUGGAGGCGGAUUCCCUCGCGAAAGAGCUCGACGAUAGUUUCGUGCGUGUGAACUACUCGAAACCCAAAUGGCCGAAUACGUAUCUACUUCGACAGAAAGGAGAAACAUAUCGAAAUGCGUGGAAGGGUGGAAUGGGUGGAUGGGCGUGGGUUGCGAGGAAAUAUGUCGAAAAAUGGGUUCCCGUACCACAGAUUCCACAGAACGGGGAUAAGACCAAAUCCGUGUCCAAUCGAAAAGCGGCUCACCUCGAAUCGCUAAUUACCCGAAUCACCCGUAAACGAGACACCAAAUCCUCCACGUCCUCCUCCUCCACCUCAUCAUCCACCGUCUUCUCCACCUCCUCUAUCAUCACCAAAUGCUAUUCGUCAUCAUGCCGUCGGAUUCCUAAUGUUCCCAACCCGAAGUGCUAUUCACCGUCGUGUCGAUACGGUAUUCUGACUGAGAGUCGGCAACGAUUCGACGAGGAACAAGUGGAGAAGCGAGGCGUUUUGGGAGAGGAGAGACCUUGGCCGAUUCCAGAGAUUCAGACGUUUUCGACGAAGAAAGGAGGCAAAAGUCUUUUUGUUUUGCAGAAAAAAAUUCUCCGAAGCCUCAUCGUCACCGCCGGUUGCCAACAAGUCUACAUGCCCGGAUUCUCGGCUGGAAUCAAGAGUAAUCUGUUGAUUUGGCCAUAUCCUGCACCGCGACCCACUCUGGAUUUGUGCUGGAAAUGGCAAACGCUCAACUCUCGAAGUCUUCACUGCGUUGCCCUUCAACUAAAAAUCAUGUGGUCAUCGAUAAAAUGGAAUGAAUUCGAUCCGGAAGACUCUCAUCCUGACCGUCGUGUCGUCAUCGACACGCCCACUCACGAUGAGAGACGACGAAUCGUUCGACACAAAGAGAUGCCACCGUAUGGACAAUACGAGAGAUAUCAAUUGGAAAUUGAGAUUAUUCCGUUGUAUGAUGAACAAGAGGAAGAGGACGAAUCGUGGUUAUCGAGAAAUCGAGCCACCGAUUGCUCACAGAGAACGUCGAGUAAUCGGAAGAAGAGACCGCAGAGAGCAAUCGACAAUCGUCAAGCGACUGCUCUCCGUCACGAAUGGGUCGAUGGAGUGACGCUGAAAGUGUUCGAAAUUAAAGAUUACUGGAAGAAUGUUCGUCUCGAAGCGGAAAAAAUCGCUCGCCGGAAACUGGAAAUGAUGAAAAAAGCACAGAAAGCGAAGGAGGAACGAGAGAGACAACGACUUCUCGCCAUGCAAAGAAAGGCGAUUUCAGCGGCGACACCGCUUCGAGCGCCGGCUGAAAGAGUCAAUGUACCGUAUGUUUCGAAUCAGGCAUUCAGACGGAGUACCGCCAAUUUUGAGAGCUCGAAUGGAAGUGGACGUUAUUUGGAGAAGUACAACCAUCAAUCCCAACUGCCUCCUCGCACUCCACACACCUAUCUCAGCUCCUCCUCCAACUCUCCAGCCACUCCAUCCACCGGCUACCGUAUCCAACCCAAUCCGAUCCGCCGUUCCGCCGUCUACGGUAUUUCCUCUCAACAAGACUUCGUUCCUACUCCGACUCCGCCCCCUAAUCGCCAACAACAGUAUCCAUAUGUGAAUCAGAGUCGAGCCGCCGCCGGCUCCGACUACUCGAUAAUGUCGGGAACCAACGGCGGCGCACCACCGUAUCAACAACAACAACAACGGACGACGGUUGUGAUGGGUAGUCAGCAACAGCAGCCACGUGGAAUCUCUCAACAGAAUCCACCACCAAUCUCUCAACAAUAUCAGAAAAAUGUGCCGUGGAGUAGCACCGAUCCGAGAAAUGGGACCGGAGUACGGUUUGCACCGUCAUCUGGAGCAAUAGGAGGACAGCAACAGACACGAGUUGUGCAUGUGCCGUACGCGCAAUCUGUAGCCGAGGAAGCGAUUGGAGCUCCGAAUGGAAUGGACGAUCAACCGCCCGUCAUGGCUCGCUACGAGAAUUCUCUCCAAUCCCAACAACAACACCCAAUCCGUCAAAUCUACACACAAUCAGGCCAACAAAUGCGAACACUUCCAUCCGGAACGAAAGGAAAAGUGAUAUAUGUCCAAGGCAAAGAUGGAGUCACUCAGAGAAUGAUAGCCAGACCAUCAACUGGAGAUUCUUCUCAACAAGAAUAUCCACCUGGUACCGUACUCUCGACAGGACCACCGCGAAUGGUGUCGGUGAGGGCGAUGAAUGGGGGAUCUCAAGGACAGAGACCACAGAGUGUGGUGAAUUAUAGAAGAGUUCCUAUCGAGGGAGGCGGAUAUGUUGUGAGGAAAGUUGUGCAACACCCACAACAGCCACAGCAGAGACAGAUGGACUACACAAAUCACCAGGAUCCUCCACACCCAAGCACCGCCCCCUCCACAUCAUCAACUCCUCAUCAACCUCGAUUCGUUCUCCACCACGGCCCGCCAUCCACGUCAUCAUCAUCAUCUCGCCCCGCCCACUCCGCCGGACUGCCACGUGGCGGUAUGACAAUGCAAAUGGGGAAACAACAUCAGGCUCCGCCCAAUUCUUAUGACAAUGGCCAAGAUGGAUACGCGCCGAUGGAGCACCAGCAAUAA